AUGAAUAGUUUAAAUAUACCAACGGAUUUUGGUCCAGAUUCUGGAGGCCGAGUAAAAGGUUUGACCAUUGUGAAACCUAUUGUUUAUGGAAAUAUUGCUCGGUCGUUUGGUAAAAAGCGUGAAGAAGAUGGUCACACGCAUCAGUGGAAGGUUUAUGUGAAACCAUACCACAAUGAGGAUAUGUCUGUUUAUGUAAAGAAAGUCCACUUUAAAUUGCAUGAAAGUUAUGCGAAUCCCAAUCGUAUUGUUACCAAACCGCCAUACGAGAUAACUGAAACCGGCUGGGGUGAAUUUGAGGUUGUCAUCAAGAUCUACUUUCACGAUCCCACCGAACGGCCUGUUACAUGCUAUCACAUAUUAAAAUUGUUCCAAUCACCCAUUGUGGAUGGUGAACUUUCAACAACAACAAUGGAUCCCAAAAAGGGUUUAGUAUCUGAAUCGUAUGAGGAGAUUGUCUUUCAGGAACCCACACAAUUAAUGCAACAUUUCCUAAUGAACGUUCAGCCAUUGACAAGUGGUCCUUAUACGCACGAUACCGAUUUUGAGACAAAGAAACAAAAGACUUUGGAAAAUAUUAUUGACGUAAAGCAGAAAGUGAAAGGAGAAAUAAACACUUUAAAGGAUAAACUGAAAUUGGCCAGAGAGACUAUCGCAAAAUUCAAAACUGAAUUGGCAAAAGUACAAAAACCACCCAAUGCGUAA